ACUUUGUUCAUUCUUCAUUCAUCACUCGUCCGGUACUGUCGUGUGUGCAUUUUUAUCGCGUCGAAACAUAUGCAAAAAGGAUUCAAACUAUCGGGUCGCUUGUAUCUCGAAUAAACAGUUUUGGAAAUAGUCAUGGCAGAUACGGUGGAAAAAAGAAAAUUGAGCGAGUUGCGGGUAGUUGAUCUUAAACAGGAACUGGAGAAACGCAACAAGGACGGCAAUGGUGUGAAGAAUGUGCUUAUCGAACGGCUAACGCAGGCCCUGAAGGAUGAAAAACAAGAUCCGGAAACAUUCGAAUUUGAGGUUACCGUCACCGGAAAGACACCAGCUAAAAAGACCAAGCCCGCUACUGGGAAGUCGGACGAUGAUACGGCGGAGAAUGCGGCUGCUGACAGCAGCACUAAUGGGGAGGAAGGCGAUAAUUUAAAUACCUCAGACAAGAAUGGAGCGGAAGAGAACAAGGGAGACAACAAAGGCUCAUCUGCGGAUACAGACGCCGCCAAAAAGACGGAAGACGACCAGGAGAAAAAAGCUAAAGAAGACAUCAAGAAGGAAGAAAGUGUGCCCAAAAAGGCCACUGAAGAGAAAAAGGAUACCAAGGAGGACACCAAAGAAGCAGACAAUGAAGAUUCACUUAAUCUUACCAUCGGCGAGGACGACGAAAAGUUGCUUCACGACGAUAGCAAUGUCGAAAGCGAUAAGAAAGCUGGCGAUGUUACCAAGACAACAAAUGAGGAGAAAAAGGUCGAUUCCAAAGGCACAGAAGGUAGUGAUAAGAUCGAGAUAACUGAAGCAUCCAGUGAUAACACGACUGCUAAAGAUGACAAAGAGAAUGCCAGCAAAGCUUCAUCGACCUCUGCAAAAUCUGGUUCCGGCGAUUCCAAGGCAAAAUCAUCACCGAACGCGAGCGAGAAAUCAACCUCAACUGUGUCACGCAAUCUUUGGGUAUCGGGAUUGUCCUCAUUAACCCGUGCGACCGAUCUGAAGCUGAUUUUCUCCAAGUAUGGCAAAGUGAUUGGGGCGAAAGUGGUGACCAACACGCGCACACCCGGAACACGUUGCUACGGCUAUGUGACGAUGGCAUCGGCUAAAGACGCUACGGAAUGCAUCACGCAUUUACAUCGCACCGAGCUGCACGGACGAAUGAUCUCGGUGGAGAGAGCAAAGUCCGAUUUGGGUCCGGCGAAGGCAGCUGCUAGCAGCGGAAAAUCCGAAUCAUCAAAGACAUCCGAGGGCAACAGUGGCAAAGAUAAAGAUGAGAAGAAAGAAGAUAGCGGCAAAGCAAGUAGCGAUAGAGACAGAAACCGACACCGAAGCAGGUCUCGCGCCAGAUCGCCACCUAGAAGCAAGUCUAACGUCAGAAGCAAGAGUCAAGCUCCUGCCAGUGGAAGAUCCCAAGAGAAGGACGAUAAAUCCAGAGACGACAAGAGGAAAGAUGACAACCAUAAGGACAAAGAUGGCCCCAAGAAGGAUGAUCAACUUGCGAGAGAUCGUGAUCGUCGUGAUUUGAGCCGCAGGGAUCAACAACAGCGCAACAGAGAUCGUGAGAGGGAGGUUCUGUCGCUGCAGAAAAUACGUGAAGAGCGCGAGCGUCAGCGUCUGCGCGAGAAGGAGCGUCAGCUGCGCGAGGAGGAACGUCGCCGCCGGGAGAUCCGUGAUCGUCAACGUGAGGAAGAAGCGCUGUUGCGACGCGAACGCGAGAAGCUUGCCAUGGAAAGAGCACGCAUCGAGAAGGAGAAAUCGGAGCUGCUGAGAAUCGAACGCGAGCGACAGAAGCUGGAACGUGAGAAGAUUGAACUUGAGCGCCUGGAGCUGAAGCGUCAGCAAAGGAAGAUUGAAGAGGCGAAACGGAACCUGAAGCGUCCGGCGGCUGAACACACUCACUAUGAUGAUGAGCGUAAACGACCUGUAGGAGAUCGUCGCUUUGAGGCACCUCCUCCGCCGUCCAUCUCUGCGUCGAGUCGUGGUGCGUACGCUCCUGUGGACAAGAAGCGCUUGGAUGAUUACCCACCCGCGAAGCGCGAUGAUUAUCCCCCGAAACGGGACGACUUCAAAUCACGGGACGAUUUCAAACCACGUCAGGUGGAUGACUACCGGCGUGAUAGUGGCUUCAAGCGGAACGGUGGCGUGAUGGACGAUUACAAGCGCGAAUUGGACCGACCGAUGCAAUCGAUGGAUGGUGGUCGCUAUCAGGAUAGCCGCACUGGAGGUAACGAUUAUCGUAGCAACAGUGGUCCCCGGGAUGACCGCGAUCGCAAUGGUGGUGCCCCGAAGCGUUAUAUAGAUUCCGUCGAUAAUCGCUACCAGGAUCGUACCGGAGGUGGUGGUGGCGGUGGAAAUGGUCCAUGGCAUAACAGUUCCGGCCCGGCGCAGAUGAGUAUGGCUCCUAGCAUGAAUAAUGACGCCUGGCGAAUGGAAAACAGUCAGGAUCGUUACGAUCGGACGUAUAACGAGAGAAAAGCACCCCAAAUGAGUUCAGGUCCCUUCAUGGACACCUCAAGGCAAAGCCAGUUCAUGAGCGGCGGUGGUGGUGGCGGCAGUGGACGACCGCAAGAUCGGUAUGGGGCACCUGUGUCAGGGCGCUUCGAUAACGGGCGAUACUAAUAAUUAGCAAGGGUACACCGUGCCUGUGUGUAUUAUAUUUGGUUGAUUCGUUUCUCCACAGUGCGUGGAGAGAGAGAGGGAACGAAUCAGGAAGUUGCAUUAUUUGUUAGCUUAAGUGUACUUUAAAGUUAGAAUAUAAGGAAAUGCCAAGGAAGAACGAUCGUUUACAACAACCGAAGAUGUGUAACCUUCGAAUUAAUGAAAUACGCUUCCACACUCCAUUUGACCAUCAUACGUUUCCCAAAUGCUUUUUAAUUGGAUCCACCAAGUAAGUGUAUGACUAUCGAAUGUUUAGAUCGAUUUUCUGCUGUAAUCAAUAUGAAAAUUACUAAGAUACUAGAAAUAAAAGAAUCAUGAAAAAUG